AUGCCACCCAAAAAGAAGAACAAGUAUGCGAAUGCAGCUGCCAGAGGGUUCGCAACGACAUCCAUUCCAAAGGCAAAGCCAGUGGUGGUAGAGCCAGAGCCAGAGCCAGAGCCCGUUGUCGAACCAACAUCACCUCCACCACCAGAACCCGCAGUAGAAGCAGCUGCAGUAGAGGAGGAGCCUGAGGAUGAAUUCGUGUCGCUGGCCGAACGAAUUGAGAGUCUUUCGUUGCGCAAGGUUGACGCGUUCCUUGGACAGACCCAGAAGAUCAACGUCGAUACCCUGCCCGUCCUCAAGAUGGAAGCCAACCUCGAGAAUAACGUCAUUGGGUUGUUGAAGGAGGUCGAGGCCAAGGAUGCAGGUGCAUUCCAACCCAACGUGUACCUGAGCAAUGAGCAGAUGGUGUCAAAGCUUAAUGUCACAUAUCUAGCCCUGGUCCGCCUUGGGUUCGAAAAGGCAGAUGUCGAGGAAGCGCUCAGUCAUACAUACACAGGAGAAUCAGAGGAUGCCUUGGAUUGGCUGUGUAUGCAUCUUGACUCCGAGAAACUUCCUAGGGGCUUUGCUGACAAACUAUACCAUGACGAAGAGAUGAAGAUCUCUGUCCAUGCGUCUCAGCCAUUCGUCCAUACCCCGUCAUUACCAGUAUCUGCCACUAUGUCAUUGCCUCCAACCCGCCCACAAGAACCAGUUGUCGCGCCCAAGCCAGAUCCAGUGCCAGAGCCCACACCAGAAUCAUCUACAGGAAAAAGCGACAAGCAAUGGAUCCUGCAGGCCGCGCUUGCCGAGGACACAGAGGAGGAGGAGGCAGAGGAUCCGAAUGAGCGUUAUGUCAACUUCAAGAUGACUCUUACGGAAUUAACACAAGCACUGGCGGAUGCAGAGGCACCGGUAGAUCGAAAGACCAUCUCUCGGAAAAUCGACACUAUCAAUUCCAAACUGAACGACCUUGACCUCGACUUUACUUUCAACAAGAAGAUUGCGGAGCAAAUGCUGAAGCAGCGUAUCAUUGACGACAAAAAGAAGGCGAAAAAGUCAAAGCGCAAGAAGGAGAAGGAGCAGGAGGCACUCAGGAAGGAGAACCCUGCCGAUGACCAGGAAGGAGGCGACAUGAUGGGAUCAAUGUGGGAUCUGGAGAACGGGCCCAGCAUAACUACCCCUGCGGAGGAUCAACCACCAAUCAGGCAGCGUCAAAUGGCCAAUCCGUCAUGGAGUGGCGGGUCUCCCAAAGUGGUCUUGGCAGAGUUCUGUCGUAAGAAGGACCGCCAUGUCAAGAUCACGUACAAGAAGGCUCCUAGAUCAGUCCCUGCGGCGUCAAUGGCGAUUGUCACGGUUGUCUGGGGAAGCGGGAGCAUCAGCUCUGCAGAGAUGGUCGAUGAAGGGUGUGAGGAUAUGACUGAGGCAGAGAACUAUGUUGCGACAAAGAUGCUGUACGACUUGACCCCUCUGCCGCUCUACAGGUCGCUCCCUCCGACAUAUCGCGAUUUAUGGCUGGAAUGGAUUGACGAGAGGGAGUCUGCAGGAAGGUUGGCUAAGAAAGCGGUCGAUGGUGAUCGGUUGUCGUUCAUCAAGGCGUUGACGGCCAAGCUGCCUGAAAGGGCAAACCAGGGAGCUCAGAGCGCAGCGGAUCAAGUCGAGACUCAGGAUCAGGAUGUUAAUUCGGAGAAGGAUAAGGAAGUUGUCAUCACCCGUGCUGGAAGGGCGCUGCAGGAGAACUGGCAGCAGCGUUUGAAGCGCCCUAACCAUAUCAAGCUGUUUGAGAAGCGUAAGGAGUUGCCGAUCUUCCAGUUCAGAGAUCACUUGUUGACAUUGCUGGCGAGCAACCAGGUGUUGAUCGUUUCGGGAGAGACUGGAUGCGGAAAGAGUACUCAGGUGCCGCAGUACCUGGCUGAGUUCAUGCUUGAGGAAGGCUUGGGUGACCAGUGCGAUAUUGUCUGCACACAGCCCCGCCGAAUCUCGGCCAUUUCGAUCGCCAAUCGUGUCUCCGAGGAGUUGGGUGAUGCUAGGAACUCUGCAGGAAAGCCCAACACCCUUGUCGGUUAUCAGAUCCGCCUCGAGUCACGCGUUGCUCACUCCAACAUUCUCAAGUUCUGCACAACUGUAUGUCUCAUCAAGUUUGGAUCUCUCCGUUUGGUUCGUGGUAUCUUGCUGAGACGACUGGAAAGCGACAAGACCUUGAAGGGAGUUACACACCUUGUUAUUGACGAGGUGCACGAGCGUACCCUGGAGUCGGACUUUUUGCUGAUCAUCCUCAAGAAACUCUUGCCUCGUCGCCCCGAUCUGAAGAUUAUCUUGAUGAGUGCCACAGUCGAUUCAGCACGCUUUUCAGAGUACUUUAACGGAUGCCCUGUUCUCGAGGUGCCUGGAAGAACUUUCCCUGUCCACGCUCACUUCCUGGAAGACGUCGUUGAUGUGACUGGAUACACUCUGGAGGAAGAUUCAGAAUACGCCAUCCGUUUCCGCAAGGACAUCCAGAGCAAAGGAUCUGUCGAUAUUGCUGGCAAGGGAGCUAGCAGACAGACGGUGCACUUGCAGUGGGAGAACGACAUGGACGACCAUUCAUUCCAAGAAGCAGAGGCCAAGUUCAGCAUCACUGACGAUGCCUCACAAGGUCCUACUAUGGUCAACAGGACUAACCAGAUGCUGAACAGGAUGGACGAGAACAAGAUCAACUACGAUCUCAUCCAAGUCUUGCUCGAGUACAUUUGUUUCCCUGAGAACCGUCGCGUACAACAAAACCCAAUCUCAGACGAGCCACCACAUAUCCCCGACUCAGGAGCUAUCUUGAUCUUCUUGCCUGGAAUGCCCGAGAUCCGCAAGCUCUUUGACGCCUUGAAGGUGAACCGGCGGUUUGGAGACGAGAAGCAGUUCUCGCUCUGGCCCUUGCACAGUUCGGUCUCGUCGGAAGGACAGAGCCAGGUUUUUGACGUGCCCCCAGAAGGAAUCAGGAAAAUUGUCCUGGCGACUAAUAUUGCAGAGACGGGUAUCACCAUUCCCGAUGUCACCAUUGUGAUCGACACUGGAAAGUCCAAGCAGAUCAAGUUUGACGAGAAGAAGAGAGUCACCACCUUGCAGGAGCGGUUUAUUGCCAAGGCGAACGCUCGUCAGAGACGAGGACGUGCUGGACGUGUUCAGGAGGGAGUCUGUUUCCAUAUGUUCUCCAAUACGACGUUUGAGGAGUACAUGCCUGAGUACCAGAUGCCCGAGAUCAUGCGGAUGCCUCUGGAGGAGUUGUGUCUGAUGAUCAAGAUGUGCGAGCUGGGAGACAUUGCCGACGUUUUGGGCAGAGCCUUGGAUGCACCGCCAGCUAAGGCCAUCGAGAACGCCAUUCAAGCACUUCAGGAUGUCCGCGCAUUGACUGCGGCCGAGGAACUGACACCGCUGGGCAUCCAUCUCUGCAACCUUCCCGUGGAUGUCCAUAUCGGUAAGAUGAUUCUCUUUGGGUCCAUCUUCAAGUGCCUUGAUCCAGUCCUGACUGUCGCAGCUAUGCUUAGCUUCAAAUCUCCCUUCGUGACACCUUUCGGAGCUGAGAGCGAGGCAGAUGCGGCCAAGGCGCGUUUCAAGCUGGCGGAUUCGGACAUGCUGACGUGGUACAACGCGUAUCUGGGAUGGCGUCAAGCGUACCAGGCCAAGCCUAACGGGAUUUACGACUACUGCAGGAAGAACUUUUUGAGCCACCAGAACCUGUCGAUGAUCGAGGAUAUGAAAAAGCAGUUCUUGGGCUUCUUGGUCGGCACAGGAUUUGUCCGAGUCGACGGCGAUACCAAGCGGGAGCUGAACAGGGAGCGGUUUAAUCACCGGAUCUCGUUCUGUCCUGUCAUUGAGCAGUAUAAUGUCCACCAGCGGUCGAUCCCGGUGCUGAACGCGGCCAUCACGGCAGGAAUGUAUCCCAAGGUGAUGUUGCGUAACGACACGCUCAAGGCCUACGUAACUGGGCCUAAGCAGGAGACGGUCUACAUCCAUCCGUCCUCAGUCAACUUUGCCAAGGGUGGAGCAUCAGCUGCUGCUACGGGGCCGGAUGUGAGUCCUUGGUUUGUGUUCAACAGUUUAGUCAAGUCCUCGAGGAUGUAUGUCUGGGAGAGUUGUCGUGUGGGCCAGUUCCCGCUGGUGCUCUUUGGAGGCGAGUUAUCUGUGAAGCAUCACGCCAAGCUGGUUACUGUCGACAAGUGGAUCCAGUUCAAGUGCCAUGCCAAAACUGCCGUCGUCUUGAAGAUGAUGCGCGAGGAGCUGGACAAGAUUCUUCAAAAGAGGAUCGAUGAGCCUGAAAUGGGCACGACUGAAAGAGAGGAGCGCUGGUUGGAGAUGAUGGUGUCAAUCCUCGAGGGCGAAGACGAUUCCUUGCGGUACGAGGACAAGGCCGCUCAGCAGCGACACAAGAAGGAAAACAACGUGUUCUUAGCAUAG